AUGUUUGGAUGGGGUAAAACGCAACAUUUCGACCAAAUGGUUUCCAUGGAAAUGCCAAAAGAAAAAGCGAUUGCUUUUCAAUCAUGUACCACAUCAACAUUACAUGAAAUUCAGGAUAUUUCUUAUUGUCAAAAACCAUCCACUGCAUAUUCACAAUUACUUAAUGACGAUGGCAGUUUUGAUGAUAGUAAUGUUCCAUCUAGUGUUUCAACAACAGUUCGUGAUAAAGAUCAAGUUUAUAAUUUAAGAAAAAGUAUCGUUGAUAUAUCUUUGAAAGAUCAUUUCCAACUAAUGAAUAAAAAAGCUAGCAGUGAACCAGGUGGAUUUAUUUUAUCGCUUACAGUUCAUCGUGGCUCUAGCCCAAUGAUAAUUUUAUCUUCUCCAGAUCAUGAAGAAGAAUUGUUGUAA